CCAGGCAACCGACACCAGUCACAGCAGACGGCGCUCCGGAGUUGUUAAGAAGGGGAAAUACACCUAAACUCUAAAUGGCGGUUGUGCAAGCAGGCUGCCUUCUUCUGAUACUAUUCCUCUCUCAAGCGGAUGGUCAAGUAUGUUCUGGACCUGGAGUCGUGUGUAUUCUCGACAGUAACUGCAACCCCAUAGGAAGAACAAAUGGAAUGUGUCCAAGUGGCCAGGUGUGCUGUGCGACUGUCUUUACUUCAACAUCCGCCCCGAUAACGACUUCGACUGCACCACCGACAACAACGGCCGUGUCACAAUGCAAUCUUCCUGGCAUCGGGUGUGUUGCCAGUGGUACCUGUACUAUCCAAGUACCUGGUCCCCAGUGUCCAGUUGGUCAAAUGUGCUGUGUCGCAACGGCCACGUCUGUUCCAACAACGACCACGCCACCCUGCAAUUUUAAUGGCGUCGCUUGUGUCAGCAGUGGUAGCUGUUCUAUCCCAGUUACUGGUCGCCAGUGUCCAAGCGGUCAGGUGUGCUGCAUCUCACCACCAACGACCAUGCCACCAACACCAACGACCACGCCACCACAACCGACAACAACGACCUCGCCACAAUGCAAUUUUCUUGGCGUCGGGUGUUUUGCCACUGGUACCUCCUGUACUGUCCCAUUACCUACUCUCCAGUGUCCAGCUGGUCAAAUGUGCUGUGUCGGAACGCCACCGACCACAACGCCAUCGCCACAAUGUAAUCUUCCUGGCAUCGGGUGUGUUGUCAGUGGUACCUGUGAUAUCCCAGUACCUGGUCUCCAGUGUCCAGCUGGUCAAAUGUGCUGUGUCGCACCACCAACGACCACGCCACCACCACCAACGACCACGCCACCACCACCAACGACCACGCCACCACCAUCAACAACAACUACAUCGCCACAAUGCAAUUUUCUUGGCGUCGGAUGUUUUGCCACUGGAACCUCCUGUGCUGUCCCAUUACCUGGUCUCCAGUGUCCAGCUGGUCAAAUUUGCUGUGUUGGAACGCCACCGACCACAACGCCCCCGCCACAAUGCAAUCUUCCUGGCAUCGGGUGUGUUGCCAGUGGUACCUGUGAUAUCCCAGUAUCUGGUCUCCAGUGUCCAGCUGGUCAAAUGUGCUGUGUUGGAACGCCACCGACCACAACGCCCCCGCCACAAUGUAAUCUUCCUGGCAUCGGGUGUGUUGCCAGUGGUACCUGUGAUAUCCCAGUAUCUGGUCUCCAGUGUCCAGCUGGUCAAAUGUGCUGUGUUGGAACGCCACCGACCACAACGCCCCCGCCACAAUGCAAUCUUCCUGGCAUCGGGUGUGUUGCCAGUGGUACCUGUAAUAUCCCAGUAUCUGGUCUCCAGUGUCCAGCUGGUCAAAUGUGCUGUGUUGCACCACCAACGACCACGCCACCACCACCAACGACCACGCCACCACCACCAACGACCACGCCACCACCACCAACGACCACGCCACCACCACCGACAACAACUACCUCGCCACAAUGCAAUUUUCUUGGCGUCGGAUGUUUUCCCACUGGUACCUUCUGUACUGUCCCAUUACCUGGUCUCCAGUGUCCAGCUGGUCAAAUGUGUUGUGUCGGAACAGCACCGACCACAACGCCCCCUCCACAAUGCAAUCUUCCUGGCAUCGGGUGUGUUGCCAGUGGUACCUGUAAUAUCCCAGUACCUGGUCUCCAGUGUCCAGCUGGCCAAAUGUGCUGUGUCGCACCACCAACGACCACGCCACCACCACCAACGACCACGCCACCACCACCAACGACCACGCCACCACCACCGACAACAACUACCUCGCCACAAUGCAAUUUUCUUGGCGUCGGAUGUUUUCCCACUGGUACCUUCUGUACUGUCCCAUUACCUGGUCUCCAGUGUCCAGCUGGUCAAAUGUGUUGUGUCGGAACAGCACCGACCACAACGCCCCCUCCACAAUGCAAUCUUCCUGGCAUCGGGUGUGUUGCCAGUGGUACCUGUAAUAUCCCAGUACCUGGUCUCCAGUGUCCAGCUGGCCAAAUGUGCUGUGUCGCACCACCAACGACCACGCCACCACCACCAACGACCACGCCACCACCACCAACGACCACGCCACCACCACCGACAACAACUACCUCGCCACAAUGCAAUUUUCUUGGCGUCGGAUGUUUUCCCACUGGUACCUUCUGUACUGUCCCAUUACCUGGUCUCCAGUGUCCAGCUGGUCAAAUGUGUUGUGUCGGAACAGCACCGACCACAACGCCCCCUCCACAAUGCAAUCUUCCUGGCAUCGGGUGUGUUGCCAGUGGUACCUGUAAUAUCCCAGUACCUGGUCUCCAGUGUCCAGCUGGCCAAAUGUGCUGUGUCGCACCACCAACGACCACGCCACCACCACCAACGACCACGCCACCACCACCAACGACCACGCCACCACCACCGACAACAACGACCUCGCCACAAUGCAAUCUUCCUGGCGUCGGGUGUUUUCCCACUGGUACCUCCUGUGCUAUCCCAUUACCUGGUCGCCAGUGUCCAGCUGGUCAAAUGUGUUGUGUCGGAACGCCACCGACCACAACGCCCCCGCCACAAUGCAAUCUUCCUGGCAUCGGGUGUUUUGCCACUGGUACCUUCUGUGUUAUCCCAUUACCUGGUCGCCAGUGUCCAGGUGGGCAAAUGUGCUGUGUCGGAACGCCACCGACCACAACGCCCCCGCCACAAUGCAAUCUUCCUGGCGUCGGGUGUGUUGCCAGUGGUACCUGUACUAUUCCAGUACCUGGUCUCCAGUGUCCAACUGGUCAAAUGUGCUGUGUCGCACCACCAACGACCACGCCACCACCACCAACGACCACGGCACCACCACCGACAACAACGACCUCGCCACAAUGCAAUCUUCCUGGCGUCGGGUGUGUUGCCAGUGGUACCUGUACAAUUCCAGUACCUGGUCUCCAGUGUCCAACUGGUCAAAUGUGCUGUGUCGCACCACCAACGACCACGCCACCACCACCAACAACAACGACCUUACCACCCUGCAAUCUUAUUGGCAUCGCAUGUGUUGGCACUGGUAGCUGUACUAUCCCAAUUCCUAAUCGCCAAUGUCCAAGUAGUCAGGUUUGCUGCGUCUCACCACCAACGACCACGACACCACCAACGACAACAAUGACCUUGCCACAAUGCAAUCUUCCUGGCGUCGGGUGUGUUGCCAGUGGUACCUGUACUAUCCCAGUACCUGGUCUCCAGUGUCCAGCUGGUCAAAUGUGCUGUGUCGGAGCGCCACCGACCACAACGUCCCCGCCACCACCACCAACGACCACGGCACCACCAACGACAACAAUGACCUUGCCACAAUGCAAUCUUCCUGGCAUCGGGUGUGUUGCCAGUGGUACCUGUACUAUCCCAGUACCUGGUCUCCAGUGUCCAGCUGGUCAAAUGUGCUGUGUCGGAGCGCCACCGACCACAACGUCCCCGCCACCACCACCAACGACCACGGCACCACCACCCACGACCACGGCACUACAACCUAUGACCACAACGGCUUUGCAACCAUGCGAUUUACCCGGAAUCCUUUCAUGUAUCGCCUCGAGUUCCUGUGAUCCUGAUGGAAUCGUUCAGGCUCGACAAUGUCCAAGUGGUCAGGUGUGCUGUUCAAAUUUCUUUACUAUAACACCAAUGGCAACAACGACUUUGGCACCUUGCGAUUUACCCGGGAUACUCUCAUGUGUUCCUUCGAUUGUCUGUAACGCUGAUGGAAUCGUUCAGGCUCGACAGUGUCCAACUGGUCAGGUCUGCUGUUCAAGUGCCUUCACUCUGGCCCCAAAUUAACGCAACUCGCACAACGGCAGUUAACGGAUGGGUGGUAGCAACGCACGCCCGAGAUCACGUCAUUGAUUGUCUGCAUAUACAUAUCCAUAAAUAAAGAGGUAUAUCUGA